CUCUCUUACAAAAUCCAAAUCACACGAACAGAGGAAACCCCACAAGAUCGAUGGGUUGCGUUUCGUCAAAACUCUUAAAGAAAGAGAUCCACCGGGAUAUUAUCCUCAACAAUGGCGGCGAGUGCGUGAACCACGUCGUGUCCCUCACGUCAUCCACUUACGGUGCUCUCAAACUAGACUACAACAAUGACCCGAAGCACCAGCCCAUCAAAGAUAUUGUUGCAGAGCCAAAGAAGAUGCAGAGAUCUCCGCCUCGAGAGGAGCCAGAGGUCAUCAAUGCCUGGGAGCUCAUGGAGGAUCUUGAAGACGGAGUACCCAUUGCGGGCUUAGCCAAAAAAAGCCCCAAAUCGCUGGGUAUGCCUCGUGGGUUAGAGGAUUUAGAUGCCAGAAGUCCCUUGAAGUUCUUGAACCCGUUUGUUUCUCCAAAGAAAGCGAAGAGAUUUGGAGGGAAAGAGAACAAAGGCUGUGAAAAUGGGGUUAACAAGAGUGUGGGAGGGUCGUAUUUUACUCCAAAAUCAAGCUUGAAAGCGAAAAAUUCUCCUGCGAAUUCUUGCAAGGCAAUGUUGAGAUUGAGUUUUCCAUUGAAAGGGUCCCCACUCGGGACAAGAACGGAGGGAUUCGGUAAUGAUUCAGGCGUCACACUACGGACCAGGAGUUUGAGUCCCCUGUUUGAUCCAGAGCUUGUUGCCUCAUACGAGAGAGAAUUGUCUGAAGAGGAAGAACAAAUCAAGAGGAUUAUUUCACCAUCACCCGGAAUCCGGAAAAUGAAGAAUACAGGAGAUUUACAGUCUUUUCUCUGCCAAUUCGUACAAAAAUGCCCGCCCGGGGGAGAAAAUACAGUUGUGAUUUACACCACCACUUUGAGAGGAAUUAGAAAAACUUUUGAGGAUUGCAACUGUGCAAGAUCAAUUAUUGAAUCACAUCAGAUUCAGCUGUACGAGCGCGACAUUUCGAUGGAUUCAGGGUUCAAGGAGGAGUUAAGGAGCUUAAUGGGGACAAAGGGGGUGAAAGUUCCACUUGUGUUUGUGAAGGGGAGGUUAAUUGGGGGAGUUGACCAAGUAGUUAAGUUGGAGGAGGAGGGAAAAUUGGGAAUUCUGUUCGAAGGGAUCGCUAGAGCUGUUGCCGGGGGAUGUGAAGGAUGUGCAGGAAUGAGGUUUGUUAUGUGUAGAGAGUGCAAUGGGAGCUGCAAAGUGCUUGAUAAUGAGCAAAAGAAGACAUUGAAAUGUAGCGAGUGCAAUGAGAAUGGCUUGAUACAUUGCCCUCUAUGUUGUUGAUUUCCACCUGAUUAACUUAUUUGAAUGAUUUUGGGAAAAGCUGGAACUAUGCAACUUUUUUAUUAAAAAUCUGCGUGUGUUUUCUGGGGCUAUAAAGUGUUCAGGCCUCCUGUGAUGUUAAUUUGAUUGAUUUCUUGUAUUUAUGGAUCAAGUUGUUCAAUUUGUGUUUCAUAGAAGAAAAUUUAUCUGUAAAUAGAAGUUUAGUUUUUCUAGAUAC